AUGGGGUCUGUUGUACAAAAAAAAAGAAGAAGAGGGUCACCAUAUCCCAAUUUAGUCGUAGAGGGGAAUGAUCUGAUCUUGGGUUCCCAGCAAAAACGUGAAAAGUGUUUGCUAUCAGAUGACUCAGUAAAUAAACCGAAAAAAGGAAAAGUGGUACCAUGCUCUAAUUUAGACGUAUACGAAAAUGAUCUGAUUUCGGGUUCUAAGAACAAACGCGAAAAGUGUACUACAUUAUAUGACUCAGUAAAUAAACCGAAAAAACGAAGAGUAAAACCAAAACGCAAAAAACUGUUUCCGGCUGGUCAUGGACAAAAACAAAAAAGACGUGUUUAUGAUACAAAUGCAACUCAUCUUAAAAGCCAAUCUCCUUCGUCAUCUAGUGUAGACCAGAUACCUGCAGCUCUGGAUCAAACUGUUAUUCAAUAUCAAAUCCAUGACAUGAUUAAAAAUUUGGCGAAGUCGAAAAAAAAUGUUACAAGUACGUCGCACUCCAAUAUCCAUAUUAACGCUUCAUCCAAGAGCCUUGCAGAGCAGAGUCUGAUCGCAAAAGAAACCGAAUAUGAAGAACCUGUGUAUACUAAGCAGAAUGAAAUGAACGAAGAUAUAGUUGAGAAAAAAAAUUAUGGAAGUGAUUCAACAAUAUAUUAUACAUAUCUUACAUUUCGGAACCACCAAUUUUGAUGCAGAUAUUGUAAAAACCAUAAUUCAUCGGAUUGUCGACGAAUAUAUAGAUGUAAAUAUGUCAGGUGAUGAUAGUUAUGAAGAAAAUG